UGAUUAUCAUGAAGUAUUACAUAUCGUAAAAUGCAGGCUUAUGAAUUACGAACUAAAGAGUAAAAACAAGAACGAAACAAUGCUGGUCAUUUCGUAAUAAACUUGCAAAAUUAUUCUAUUAUUACUGUUUUAUGAACAUUUCAACAAUACUAAAGAACCUUUAAUUUAUCAAUCUUUCAUAAAAUCUUGUUAUGGCAGAAUACUGGAAAUCUCAACCUAAGAAAUUUUGUGAAUUUUGCAAGUGCUGGAUAGCUGAUAACAAAGCGAGUAUUGAUUUUCACGAAAAAGGAAGAAAGCACCAGGAAAAUGUUAAAUUUAAAAUUCAGGAGGUUAAGAAAAAAGGCACAGAGCGUCGUCAACAACAGGAGCAACUUUGUGAUGAUCUCGCUGCAAUAGAAGCGGCAGCAUUGAAAGCGUACAAAAAGGACAUUGGUUGCGAUUCUUUUCAGCCUAAAAACUCAAUCAAAAUACUGUCUAGAAAAAAAGAAGUUCAAGAAGUAAAAAAAUCAUGGGAUCAAAAAUCUUCUUCAUCGACAGCGAAUAAUUGGGCAACCUAUCAAACAGCUGAAGGUCACUACUAUUAUUAUAACCAUCAAUCUGGAGAAUCUAGAUGGGAUCCACCUGAAGGCUUUACUUAUGGUAGUGAAAUUAAAAAUCAACAAAGUAAAAGUUAUCACGACAGCGGACAAAAUAUGCCAAUUGAACAAAGUGAUCUAUCACAAAUAUCGGAUAGACCUCCUGAGCAGGAGUUAAAUGAAAAAACUGACGUUAUUAAAGAAAGUGGCCCCUUUGGAAAAUGGGAAACUGUUGCAAUAUAUGAAAGGAAUGACGAUUCACUGAUCGAAGAAACAAAAACAGAAAUUCACCAAGAAGAAAUUCCAGUUGUAAAGUUCAAGGAAAGGAAGUUGCCAAUUUCGAGUCAAAACAAUUCACUUGUGAAUGACGUUAACUUUAAAAAGAGAAAGUUUAAGCAAGACAAAAAAAGAAAUAUACGGCAAAGGACAGAAAAUUCUUGACUAUAGUCUAUAGUAGUCAUUGUCUUAGGCAGCUAGUAUUCGGCUAUGCCAAUGAUUUAAGUUGCGUUAUUAUAUAGACUUUUGUUUAAUGUUUUGAAAUUUAUUACAAUUUCGACUUGA